AUCCUUCCGGAACACAGAGAAACGGCCGCUGCUGUUCACCUGCGCACCCCUUUGGAAAUCCCGUGAAACUGGAUCGACGUUGUCAACCGUUUUUGUCCAACGUUACAGUACACGCUCUUUCUUGCCCUGUAUCUCGGUGCUUUCUUGGCCUCGGCAUAAAAUCACAAGAUUUUUCAGUUCGUGGGUUCACUAAAUUAUAUCCGGAGACUGGGAGGCGGAGACGAUCAUCGCCUUCCAUAGAGGGAGGACUUUUAUAUCCCUCUCGCUUGUGUGUACAUAUGACGAACCACCCUCUUCAACAAACACCGAAUUCCUCCCUCGACAACACCGUCAUCAAGCAGGCCCUCCAGAGCUUGUAAUGACGCUCACCAACUUUUCAGAAGGCGAAUCCACAUUAAUCAUUUCGGCGAAGAAGGGCGAUGAGGAAUCAGGAGAAUUCAGUGCGACGACGGCGAGUACUGGUGCCCUGUCUAGGACAACACAAACGACCGAUAGAAGCGACGAAUUUCCUAUCGAUGGAGGCUUCGAGGGUUGGACUUGUGUUAUCGGUGGUUGGUUUGCACUUUUUGCUACCUUCGGGUGGUUGAACUCCAUGGGCCUCUUCCAAACGUACUACGAGGCAGUACUCCUGUCAUCCUACUCCGCCUCUUCCAUCUCCUGGAUCUUCACAACGCAGCUGUUCCUCAUGUGGGCUGGCGGCGCACUUUUUGGCCGAAUCGUCGAUACGUACGGCACGAAAUAUAUCGCCAUUGUUUGUACGAUAGCUUGUACGUUUUUCGUUGCGAUGCUGAGUCUUUCGACGGAGUACUACCAGAUCUUCCUUACGCAAGGAGUGGGCUUUGGUCUCGCUGCGAGUGGAUUGUUUUCUUGCGGCAUCGUGUCGACAGGACAGUUCUUCCAUAAGAGGAAGGCUUUGGCGUUGGGUAUCGUGCUCGCUGGUAGCAGUACUGGAGGCGUCAUCCACCCCAUCUAUCUCCACUUCCUGAUCCCGAAGAUUGGUUUCCCAAAUGCUAUCCGAGUCAACGCCCUCGUCAUCGCUAGUUGUGGAGUAGUGUCCUGCUUCCUCAUGCGUACGAGGUUGCCGGAGAAGGAAUGGGAUCCGAAAGCCAAGUUUCUGGAUUUUGCGUUGUUCAGACAGCGGAUCUUCGCUGUUUAUUGCCUGGGCACCUUCUUCGUUGUUUACGGUCUCUUCUCGACCUGGAACUACCUGCCCACCAUGAGCCUCCGACACAAGUUCUCCGACAGCCUCGCAAUAUACACGAUAGUAAUCCUAAACGGCAGCUCCAUCAUCGGCCGUAUCCUCCCCGCCUACCUCGCUGACCGCUUCGGCCGCUGGAACUCGAUCUCCAUCGUCUCGCUCAUGAACGCCAUCCUCCUCCUCGCAUUCUGGCUCCCACUCGAAGGAAAUCCGAAUACCACGCACGCACAAGUUUUUGCCCUCAGUGCCAUGGCGGGCUUUGCGACGGGUGCUUGUAUUAGUGUAUUCAUGCCUUGUGUUGCGGAGCUGGGGCCGGUCGAGAGUCUGGGUACAAGGUUUGGCAUGUAUCAGACUGUUAUCGGGUUUGGCGGCUUAACAAGUCUCCCAAUCCAAGGCGCGCUCAUCCCACAAGACCACGGCUCCUUCUCCCACCUGAUAAUCUUCUCCAGCGUCUGCAUCCUCGGCGGCUCUAUGAUCAUCUCCCUUGCAAGAAUGCUUCGCGUUGGAUUUAAGUUACGGGGAUAGUUUCUCGUUUUUCUUUUUUACUGUGAACAAUGAUCAUGGUAAUGGUUUUGGUGGCGACCGGCGUGGGAAAAGUUGCGAUAUAAGAGAUGGGAUGUGCUGGAAGUAUAUUUAUGGAGGGAGCAGAGGUGGAUUGGAUACAUACGGAUAUCGCGGCAUAAAGUGAUGGGAUUGACAUCGGUACUAAAACUCCACUGUAGCACUCGUUUCUAGCGAACUCAGCCACUGAAAGCCCUUGUAUUUCUAGCCUACCCUGAAAAUAAGCCAUACUUAGUAAGCCUCUGACAAGGGGUGCCACGCC